AUGGGCGCCCAGACACCGGCCAGGCUAGCCCAAUUUCAGCGUCGAUUCCGGGAGUGGGACGACCCCUCGGGCGAAACACCGCCCUACCACUAUGGGACACACUACUCAUCUGCCAUGAUUGUUGCCUCCUACCUCGUGCGAAUGGAGCCCUUCGCACAGCACUUCAUCAAACUACAGGGUGGCCACUUCGAUCUGGCCGAUCGGAUGUUCCACAGUGUUGCAGAGGCCUGGCUCAGCGCCAGUCGACACAACAUGGCGGAUGUGCGCGAACUGGUGCCCGAGUUCUACUACCUACCGGACUUUCUGGUGAAUUCAAACAAGUUUGACCUCGGCCACAAGCAGAAUGGCACCCUGGUCGAUGACGUCAUUUUGCCGCCGUGGGCAAAGAACGACCCCCGAGAGUUCAUUCGUGCCCACCGUGAG